AUGGCGCAGCAAUUGAGCAACCUCUCCAAACCUAGUGGACAACUGCCAAGCAACACCGAGAAAAACCCCUCCAGGCAUGUAAAUGCAGUUAUAAAUGAAGAAGAAGAGGUGGUAAUAGAGGAAGAAGCACCUGAUGAAGGGGAAAAGGAGGAACAACCAGAACCUGCCCCAGAGAAGAGAAAGGAGCCCACCACUGAUGUAUAUGUACCUCAUGUUCCUUUCCCACAAAGAUUAGCGCGUCGCAACCUUGAAGAAAAAUAUGGGAUGUUUUUAGAAGUUCUGAGUAAGCUUGAAAUAAACAUUCCUUUCAUAGAUGCUACCAAGGAGAUGCCUUCUUAUGCAAAGUUUCUGAAAGAGGUAUUAUCUAACAAAAGGAAGCUGCCGGAAACAGGCGUAGAAACACUGAGAGGAGAAUGCAGCGCUAUCUUAGAGUGCAAGGUGCCGAAAAAGGAAGCUGACCCCGGAAGUUUAACCAUUCCAGUCAAAUUUGGUGAAGUCUUGGUUAAUAAAGAACUUGUUGAUUUGGGAGCUAGUGUGGGUAUCAUGCCGUUGUCUUUAUGCAAGAGGAUCAAUACGGAUAUCAAGCCAACAAGGAUGUCUUUGCAACUAGUCGAUAGAUCAGUAAGGUUUCCAGUUGGAGUUGUUGAAGAUUUGCCAGUUCAAAUAGAGAAAUUCUAUGCCCCUUGUGAUUUUGUGAUUAUGGAUAUUGUUGAAGAUCAUGUCAUACCUAUCAUUCUUGGGAGAGAUGUUUUGAAGACAGAACGGGCUAUUUUUAAUGUAUUAAAUGGCAAGCUUACAUUGAACAUCUUGGCGGAGGACGUUGAGUUUCAUCUUCCAUCAAUAAUGAAAGGACCCACUGAUGAAUCACUGUGUUGA